GAGAAAAGCAAAUUUUUAAUACCAACCUAAAAAGUGAAGUGUCAAAACAGGGCUGAUUUCGUAGAAAAUGGAUUUAUCCAAAUAUUCCAACGAAAAGAAACUUAAUUUGUGUCGAUAUUACUUUAAAGCUGGAUUCGCUCUUUUACCCUUUGUUUGGGCUGUAAACGCGAUUUGGUUCUUUAACGAAGCCUUUCGCAAAGAUAAAUACAAUGAGCAGGCUCAAAUUAAACGCUACGUGAUUUAUUCAGGAAUCGGAGCUUUAACUUGGUUUAUAAUCAUUACGACUUGGAUUGUUAUUUAUCAGAUGAAUCGAGCGGAUUGGGGCAUUUGGGGCGAUUACAUCUCGUUUAUUACACCUUUAGGAAGAGCUUAAAGUAUUAUGAAAUGUACUAUUAUAAAAUAAACUUUUUUUAAUUAGAUUAUUAA